AUGGAAUGUGCUUAUAGGCAACUUGACACCCUCAUCACCAUUAUAACUGAUAAACCUCCCAAAGGAACUAUCCGCUGUUAUGAAAGUGCGAUACAAGAGGGUAUCACCUCAUCCUGUUUAAGUCGAGUGAAUGACAAUUACUAUAACUCGCCGUUUGAAGAGAGAAUAAGACAGUUGAACACCCCUUGCACUUCCCAAUUGUGUAAAUCCUUGAUUUUAGAGAAUACAGCUUUUCCACCAGGAGCAACAGAGACUCCCACUUUUGCACGAUUUUAUUUAUUAAUAGUACAAUACGUCGCACAGAUGCAAUCCCACAAACUGUUUAAGUAUCUCAGAGCGGUCAACCCCGAAGUCAAAAAGAAGUGUUUCCAUUUCAGAGUGGCCGACGAGUCUGAGGCAAUCACACUGUCCGGCUUCGAACAUAAUGCCAUCACUCCUUUUGGAAUGAAUAAAAAAAUCCCCGUCGUGUUGGCCGAUGAUAUCACUCGAUUGCCACAAGACUAUUGCUGGAUAGGUGGUGGAGAGAUCGACGUCAAACUUGGAUUCAAUGUCAAAGAAUUCGUCGAGAAAAUGAAGCCAAUGGUCACUGACAUUUACAAAAGAGAAGGAGAAAAAGACGAAAAGGAUGAAAAAGAGGAUCAAAACUAA